CUGAGGAACAACAAUAUACGUCCUUUUGUGUGGUGUACGUAAGUGUAAGUUUGAUACUUGUGCAAGUUUCGUGCAGAACGAGAUGACGUUAAUUAAUUAAUUAAUAGUUUAAAAAUGCCAGAGACGAGACUGAUUUCGUUCUCGACCGGUAAAAACGACGCGGGAAUACAACGUGCUAAAGGGUACGUGUACAUGAAUGGGGACAUUGGGAAGCUCCCAUCAGGGGCGGGAUACCCAACCACCCCUGAGUCCCUGGGUACAGUCGGGGGUGCACCGACCAACAGUACAACCGGCCUAGAUUACAGCGUCAUGAACGGAGGUCCUAGUGCAGAAUUGAUGUUAGAACCAGGUGCUAGCAGCCUAAGUCCGGCGCAGCAACAUGCCAUGAACAUGGGAGGGGCAGCUGCUUACAGUCCGAUUGACAUUACGGCGCUCGGAGAGGCUUCUGCCUCCGUUGGAUCGCUCGCCGACGUCUCAAUGCCCGGCAUACCUCUUGACCAAUUGAAACAGAUGCUCUCUUCGCAGCUCGAAUACUACUUCUCCAGAGAGAACCUAGCCAAUGAUACAUAUUUAUUAUCUCAAAUGGAUAACGAUCAGUAUGUACCAAUAUGGACAGUAGCAAAUUUUAACCAAGUCAAGAAGCUAACUAAAGAUAUCAAACUGAUAACGGAGGUGCUGAGAGAGUCUCCUAAUGUCCAGGUGGACGAAGAAGGGCAGAAAGUAAGACCCAAUCAUAAACGGUGUAUCGUUAUUCUUCGCGAAAUACCAGACAGUACUCCACUAGACGACGUUAAGAAUUUAUUCUCAGGAGAGGGAUGUCCUAGACUCAUUUCAUGUGAGUUUGCACAUAAUAGCUCCUGGUACGUGACUUUUGAAUCCGACGAAGAUGCUCAAAAGGCUUAUAGGUUUUUACGUGAAGAGGUUCGAGAAUUUCAGGGAAAGCCUAUUAUGGCUCGUAUCAAAGCUAAACCAAUGAACAGGCUACCUAUCCCAGCAGUUACUGGCAUUGCUGGGAUUAAAAAUGGAUAUCGAACUACUCCUCCUCCUCCGCCAGUUUAUGAUCCAACCAACUACCCCCCUGGCCAACAGCGAUUUCUGUACGCAACAAACGGCAAUGCAAUGCCGCAAACGACUAUGCCACCGUAUGCGAAUCCAGUUAUCUAUCACCAACCAUUUUAUCCUGCUGGUAUGAUACCUUGGACCCAUGGCAGUCCCACCGCUUAUAUUGAUAUGAGUGUAUUUACAAUGAACGGAAUGGCGCCACAUGGUUCAUUCAAACCACAUAACACAAGAUUCGCUCCUAGAAACAGAAAUAAACAAAGGAAUGGAUCUGAGAGAGGAGGUUUAAUGGACAGUGGAGGUGGAGGAGGAAUGGGCUCCACAGGCCGAUCUAGCCAUCCUCUGAUAAGAGGGGGUCCCAUGGUAUCUAGCACGAGCACAUCAGCUUCUUCGUUAAGCUUGCCACCAAUGAAGCCGACAUCCUCAUCUUCCUAUCAGACUGGCACAAAGUUCCACUCUUCCCAUGCAACAACGUUGUCGGGAGGAGAGCCUCCUCAGUUCAGUAGUAGCAGCAGCGGAAACAGCAGCAGCAGCAGCAGUGGCGGCAGUCAUGUCAAGGCAUUGAUGGAGAACGAUGCUCAGGCAAUGGAUUCGCCUAUUCAGUUUCCCCGCCAUCGUACACAUCGCAGGCCCAAAGACCAAGAUGCAAUGUCAAAAGUGAACAGUAGCCCGCUUCCGUCGAUAAGAGAGUCCAAUAUAGCUAACAAUUCGCAAUACAAUCGUGGCGUACAAUUUGACUUGGAAGCAACAGCCUUCCCACCACUUCCUGGUUUGGAUGCCGAUCCUGCCAAGCUGCAUACCGCCUCAACGGAGACCGCCACAACCGAUAGUUUGCAAUCUCACUGGGAGAACAGGCUUUCAGACGUUGUCAAAGGUACUGCCAAGCUGAAAAGCACAAAAGAUAAAGAGCCGACAGCGGGGGGUGUCGCUCAACAGCAACAGGAGCAACAACAUCAACAACAACAACAACAACAGCAGACCAGCAACAGCAGCAGGUCAGCAAGUCCUGGGUCAAGCACAGGUGGCCCCUCAUCGUCUGGUACCUUAGAGGCUGUCGCCAAUUCUGGCACAUCGUUGGGAGCACCCACCACCUCCACAGUCUCAAACUCCAAUUCCUCUGCCAGCAACACUGACUCUACAGACAUCGCUCUCAGCACGAUCACUCUUACUCCCCCGUCAUCUCCCGAUAAAUCUGUAAAGACUGAUGACUCAAACAUGGUGAACGGCGUGGAUGAGGCUAUUAGUACAAAUCCACACGCGACGGAGGAUGUUGAAACGGCAGCCAGCUGCAGCUGCGACGUCUCUUCUACGCACCAGAGUAACCAGAUACAAUCAGGAGUGACGUCGAGCUCUCUUAUAGAUCUCACCAGGCCGAGCUAUGCUCAAGUAGCACAACAUUGCCGAGAACUACGUUGUACAAAACACAAAACAGAUGAGAAGGAUGGAAAUAUGUAAGGCCGAUAUAUUUCACUGCAAUCAAUUUCAAUAAUUAGCAGUUACAUGCACCUGAAAAAUGGGUUCGACGGGUCGUUUGCCAACCGCUUUAAUCUUGAAGCGAGUUUGGUAGGCACAGAAAAACAAAUAACAAAGAAAAGAUUAUAAGAAAACAGAGAAACGAACUUUUUACAUUGUAUACAGUGACUUUGCCUAUAUUAUACUAAUUGUGGCAUCGAUAAACGACAAAUGAUAAACGAGAAGAAAAACCAUAAUACUAAAGGAAAAAAAAUACAAAAAAAUUAAAACAGCCCAAAAAAAGGCAAAAAAACAAAAAAAAAAAAACAAAAACCAAGUAUUCAAGGAAACAGUAAUUUUUCCCUUAAAAUUUAAGAAAAUAAUAAUAAUAAUAAUUGCUGACAGGAUAAUACACUGUGUAGGAGAGUGUCGUCGGUACUUUGGUUCUGUGAUUUUGGAGGUAUACAUUAGUUGAAAUUAAAAAACAAAAAAAAUCUUGCGUUAACACAACAUAUUAAUGUAUUUAUUUGGAAAAUUGAUUUACUUCUUUUCACAAAUUUUCGGAUUGUAACAAGAAAAUGUUCACUACCUUCGUGCCAAACCUUGACACUUGUGUGCAGCUUGUAUAUUUUAGAACAUAUAACUUUGGCCGAUCUUCAGUCUUUCUGUAACAAUUUUGAGUGAUUCAUAUUUCUAUUCCAUAUGGGGACAAUCUUCAAUUUCAUAUUCGCUAGCAAUUUGCCUUCUCGACAUUUGUUGUUCUGUUCAAAGUAGGAAGCCAUAUUUUAAGCGGUUUAACUUUACAGAAUUUUAGUUUUCCUUUUUUUUUUGUUUUUUCUUUCUCUUCAUAUUCCAAUGUUCUUCUGCCGCGUUGAAAUAAAAGAGGAAAAAGAUCUUGUAAUUUCCAGAAUGUCAGCGAUACAAUUCUUUACUGCUUACAGCAAUUUUCUUUGCUCAUUUAGUUAUAAAAAAAAUUUCAACUAACCAGAUUGACAUUGACACCGACAUAUAUAUACAUAUAAAUAGAAAUUAUCCCCUUUUAGCAUCCAUUCAACCAUUAUUACUUGUUUUUUUUUUCGUUGUAAAUAUUUCCUAGUAAAAUUUUAUUUCUACUUCAAUGGUUAGUAUAUUGAAAUUAUUUUACUACAGCGCAUCUUUUUCCCACCUUAAAAAGAAAUUUGAUCUAUUCCAAUAAAAUUUAUCACUAAUAAUGUAAAAAUUUGAUGAAAUAAGAAGAAGAUCGACAUCAAAACCAUUCGUGUCUUUUAAAAAAACGAAAUUCUUUGUUAAUUUGGGAUGCUAGGAUGUUUUGGCGCUGAACGAGUUGAACUUUUGUGACGGAUAUGAAAAGUAAUUGUUACUUGCUACUAUGGGCAUUAUAAUUGGUGUCUCAUGCGAGGAAUUAUUUAUAUCUCAGCUCGAUAUUACUUGUUAUGGACAUUCUGGAAAGUAGUUUCUUUUUUUCUUUAUCUCGAACAUGAAAAUUGUAAUUCUAAACAAUUUCGAAUAUAUCAUGGUAACUUUACUGCCGUUACAGACCCUUAUUGCGGCACUGUUUUAUUUUCUAAUGAUAUAUUGUUGAAGAAAUUCAUAAUAAAAAAUGAAAGAAUAUCAGACGACGUAGAUUUAUGCUUUAGCAAGUAACAUAAUAAUUAUACCAAUACUAAUAAUAAUAAUAAUAAUAAUAAUAAUAAUAAUAACAACAACAACAACAGUAAUAAUAAUAAUAAUAAUAUUAAUAAUAAUAUUGAUAAUGGUAAUGAUAUAAAAAGAAGAAGAAAACGAAAAAAGAUUACAAAAAAAGAUGUCACGAAAAUGGUAUUUGAGCACACAAAUAAGUGCCUCAAGUGUUGUGUAUAUUACAGGAGCUUGGCUUUAGAUGUUAUACAUAAUUAUAUGUAACUACAUAAUAUAAUAGUUAAGAGCGCAUAUGAUAUAUUUGUUACUGAUAUGCAUGCAGAAUUAAGGUAAUGGAUGCUGAAAGAUUGAAAAAAAAAAAAAAACACAAACACAAACAAACAAUAAUGGUGAAAAACAAACAACAAACAACAACAACAACAAAGAAACAAAUACAAGAAAAAACAAUCUCCUGCAUAAAAUGAAUUACUAUUGUAUGUAAUUGAUAUUUUAAGUUUAACAAGCUAUGCUGCCUUUUAAUUUUUUUAUAUUUCAAACAAUUGUUCGCGCCUACAACAAUCGUAGAUUGAGAGUUGUAACUAAAUUAAUAGUCAGGUGAAAACUGAUUGAUAUAUUAGUUAUUUGAGUUUCAUAUUUUGGUGCUGUAGGCGAUUUAGUAUAAAAAGAGGAAAAGAAAAUA